AUGACGGAAUCCUACAUUCCUACCAUCUGUACUUUCCCCAGAAUUGUGGAGCCCAGAAUCGAGCAGUAUGAGGCCGUACUCAUCCUCAUACUUGGGUUCGCAGCUUUCUCCGUGGCCCUCGCUCUCCUCUAUAACUUCAUUCGGCGCCGAGUUUUCGGGGAUUCCCACAAUCUGGACCAAUCGUUUGACGCCGGAGGUCACGUGAGCACGUCUCUGACGGCGGUAACUGUGGCUGUCCAGAUGCUGUGGCCGGCAGAUCUUCUACAGAGCGCAACGGUCACUGCUAAGUAUGGUAUUUCUGGCGGUUUCUGGUACUCCAUCUCCAUCAUCUUCAGCAUCAUGCUCUUCCCGCUUCUGUCGCUACAGUUCAAGACCAGGGCCCCAGGCGCUAAAACCUACCUACAGCUCAUCAAAGCCCGGUUUGGCGCGAGGACUCAUAUUCUGUACUGUGUGUUCGCGCUCGCCACCAAUGUGAUCAUUACAGCGACCCUCAUAGUGGCCGGUGCUGCCCUGUUUCAGGUUAGUCCAAGCAUCAUCAAAGACAUUAGCAACGAGAUGGUUGUGAUUCUAAUGGCCGUCAUGUUUGGUAGUUAUUCUUUUGUCGGAGGUCUGGGCUCCACCUUCUACGUGUCCUACUUCAACGCUGUGUUCACCCUGUGUGUCCUCUCCUACUUCGUGGUCAAGAUUUUCUACAUGCCGGAUGACCAGCUGCCUUUUGGCAACUUUGAGGACAUUUACGAGCACGUGUCUUCGCUUUAUGCAGUUGCAAGCGCCGAAAAAACACUUACAUUGUACCUUACAGGUCCGGCUGACAACGAGGACAGGAGUUACCUGACGUUCUGGUCUACUGGCUCCAUGGUGUGGGCGGGACAGGGAACCUUCAUCUGUCUGGGCCUGGUCUUCUGUGACCAGGCCUCCUGGCAGAGCAAGAUCGCCGCAAAACCUUUGCAGGGAGUUCUCGGCUUUUUCUUCGCCACACUCAUCUGGUUCGCGAUACCCUCCACCAUCGGCACGUCCGCCGGCCUUGCCUAUCUGUCCUACAGCAAAUCCAUGAGCAGCACCAUCAGCAGCAUCAGCAACGACAGCAGCAUGAUCAUCGCUAACAGUAGCCUUGGGGGAUUCAGGAACAGCAGCAACAUCGUGUUGACAAGGAUGGCUCUCUCUGAUGCAGAUUUGGACGCAGGAUUGGUCACCCCAUUCAUCGCUGACGUCGCGUUGGGUAAAGAAGGGGGCGUGAUCCUUCUGAUCAUGUUCACCAUGCUGCUCAUGUCUACGGGGGCUAGCGAGGUGAUGGGCGUGGCUUCUAUCAUCGUCUACGACAUCUACCAGAGUUAUCUCUGUCCUUAUAGGAAAAAUCACAAGCCAGGAAUGUGCCUGCUGUGUGGCAAGGAAGAAGUAGGGGAGCUAACCGAGGAAAUAUCCGAUGAAGACAUGGUCAACAUGUGUUGUUGCCCUUCUGUGGCCGACUGUAAGGACUGUGUCGUGGACUUAGAAAAACAGCAUCAGAAACAGAAAGGUGACACUGUGACCUUCACCUUCUACACAUGUCCUUUUCACGGACAGUACCGGACCUACCAGGACACUCUGAUAGAGAAGAAGAACUGGGUCAUAUUGUGGGUUGCGAUAUGCAUCGUGCCUUUAGGCCUGGCCGUGAUACAGUCUGGAGUAGACCUCAACUGGAUCUUCAUGAACGGCGCUAUUGUCAUCGUGCAGGCUUUUCCAGGAAUCAUCUGUACUAUCGUGUGGGUCAAGGUCACCAGUGAAGCUUUAGUGAUAGGAGCCCUAUUCGGAAUGUCCGUGGGUCUGUGUGCUAGCUUCAGCCGUGCGUCCCAACUAGAAGGCGGCUUAGCCAACUUUCUCCAAAACACCGCCGACGGAUACGCGGUUUUGGCCGGCUCUGCUUCCUGCCUAUUUGGCUCCCUCCUGGCAACCAUCGUCAUCUCCUUGGCAACGCAUCGCAUCAAAACACCGGAAGAUGAAGCGCGAGAAUGGCAGAAGCUGAGGGACAUCGACAAUCCGCUGAGACCACUGGCAAAAAUUGUCACAAUCGCUGGUGUGAGUGUCAUGAUCGCCGUGUUCGUAUUCAUCAUCCCAGGCUUCAUGGCCGCGCUACACACUAUGACGUCAUCAGAACUCCAGAGCUGGCUGAUGACGCUACACAUCUGGUGUUUCGUCACCGCGGUUAUCGUGCUGUUCUUGACCCCCGCUGAGGAGGUCAGGAGUAUUUUGAGGAACCUGAGGAGGAAGGCAGGAGGAGAACGACGGCGUGGGGUCAGGGGUCGGGUGUCGAAAGGGGGCUCCUCCAGAAGUCAGGAAGAGGUCGCUGCUUUGCCCCGCGAUUGCAAAGACUGUGACGUAGACGAGGAUAAUGUCAUUGAUGACGACGGGCAGUCCAGGACGAGGCUGACAGCGGAACAUUCCAGUUGCAGUAACGGGUUAGGAGUGUUCCAAGUGGAGAAUGUGUAA